GCCUUGGAGGGGACGCUAUGGCUGCCGAGAAGAUGGUGAUGCCGGAAGUGCCGGAUGCUGACGAGGACAGCGAGGGCUCGCAAGGCUACGAGAACAUGGAGGAGCUGGGGCAGAGCCAGGCGCUGGGGUUCGCUGAGGAGGACCGGCAGUUCUACGAGGAGGAGGAGGAGGUCGACGAGCUGAUCGACCAGGAAGCCCAGCUUGCUCUGGCGCAGAAGCAGGAGCAGGAGGAAUACCUCAUACGCCUGGAGCAGUAUCUGAAGCAGGUGGCAGCGCAACU